AUGUUCGGCGGCCCCAAAGACUCGGCGGGCGCGACCGAGACGACGCGCUCGAGCACGGACACGGUGAUGAUCGACCCGGUGACCGGGGCGAAACGCUUCUCGAAUUACUUUUGGGCGAGCGUGGUGACGACGGGCGCGUCCGGGUUCUUAAUCGCGGGCGCGAGCGCGUACCUGCAUCAUAACCUGUUGUUUUUCAUCGAUGCGACGGAAAUUAAGUUUUUCCCGCAAGGACUGGUGAUGAGCUUUUACGGCGUCGCGGGCGCGUUGUUGGCGACAUAUCUGUGGUUGACGAUUUCCUGGGACGUCGGUUCCGGAUACAACGAGUUUAACAAAGACGAGGGCAUCAUGCGAAUCUUCCGAUACGGGUUCCCGGGGAAGAACCGGAGGAUUAAUCUCGUGAGCGAUCUCGCGGAUGUGCAGGCGGUGAGGGUGGAGAUCAGCGAGGGGGUGAACCCGAGACGCGUGGUGUACGUUCGAUGCAAGGGCAAGCGAGACAUCCCGCUCACGCGCAUCGGUCAACCGCUCACGCUCGCGGAGGUGGAGCAGCGCGCGGCCGAGCUCGCAAAAUUUUUACAGGUUCCCAUCGAGGGACUGUAG